AUGGGAUUUUUGAGUGGUGUGCUUGGUGCGGUGAAAAACGAAAAUGAAGUGACAACUUAUGAUAAAUACAUUAGUGGAGAGAAUAAUAGACUCAAAAAAGUACUUGACACCUUAAAUAAAAAUAUUGGCUCCGGGCGUGAUGGGCUUGCGGCGUCUGUCGCCGCGGUGAAGGGGUGGUUGGAGGGGUAUGAAGAGGAAUUACAAGAAAAAACGUUACACGUAUUAAAUGAUUUAGGUAAGUUCCAUGAUGAUAUUUCGGGUAUAUACACUACUAAUAUUAGUGCAGGUGAUAAUCUCCAAGAACAACUGAGCAAGUGGACGUCCACAGUAGACGACAUCGACAAAUACAUAAACAGCACUGAGACACGAUACGUUAAUAAAUUAGAUAGCGUACUUCUUUCUAAGCUAAUGAAUGAAAUAAAACACGUGCAAAAAGUGGUUGAGCACCUGAAAAGUGUUGCUGAGAAUGAUGAGGUGAAGAGGCAGGCAAAGGUUGUAGAUACCGUGUUGGUGAAUCAGAAGGAAAGGAUUGAAAAGGAGAUAAAAGAGGGAUUCAUGGACUUACAAAAGCAAUUAGCAUAUAAAUUUAGGUGCAUUGACAAAAAAAUAAUUGACCUUUGCGAGAUAAAGAGAACGCAACUUGGGAACGUUAAGCAUGUUAUCCAGGACGGCAAGAGCAAAGCUCAAGGUAUGUUUGUUGAAUUUGAUAAUAAGUAUGCCACUCCAAUACUUCAGCAUUUUGAGAACAUUAGAAGUGCGCUGGUGGAGAUUGAUAGGUCCAAGAAUCCAUCUGGGAGAAAGGAUACAUCCAAGUUGAAAGAAGAAGUUACAAAAAUUGAUAAAUGUCUAGACGCCUUUCGUAUUAAUUUGGGAGGAUGCGUUGGAGAGUUGGAAAAUUGGAUGUACAAGACCAAACGAACAAUUGCUGAAGCCGAAAGCAACCUGAGGAAAAUUAUAGACAAAUCGGUAGUUAAAAACGAAAUUCAAGACAUUGAGAACGUUGCCAGUAACUUAAAACAUACGAUUACAGAACCAUUGAACCAAUUCAUGAAAGACAUAGAGGGAGAAGUUGCAAUGGCCGUGCAAGGAGCACGAUGGCAUUUUGAUAAGAUUAAAGCGGAAGUUGGAGUGGCUGACGGAAUAAUUAAGGAUACUACAUUAUGUGGUAAUUGGAAUGCCCUAAAAAGCACCAUUGGCGGUGUAGUCACAGAAAUUACAGGUUCAGGCAACGGUAAAGCUUCACUUGGUGGGAUUACAGGUGACGUAAAAUCGUAUGUUAUUGCUAGUUAUGCUGAAAAUAAAUUUGAAUCACAAGUUCUUCCUGGUUGGAUUGAAGACGCUCUGCAGACUGAAACGGCGAAGGGGUGGCUGGACAUGUAUAUUAACGUUGGAAAACCCGAUGCUGUGCAAAAGGUGAGAGCCGCCAUUAUUUCGCAACUUGAAAGUACUGUGAGAACAAAAGUUGCAGUCAACCUACCUAAAGGCGACAAGGAAAAGGCUCAUGAAAAUCUGGGUGACAUCGCAAAGUAUCUUAAAGCGUAUGGCGCAGCAAUUGAUGAGCACAUUAAGAAGACCUCAAUCGGAGUAUUCGUUGCAGGUGUAGAUGAAGCAUUAAAAAAAACUAUGCAACCUCCACCUGGCACAAACACAAAUCCCUUACGAACUGUCGUUGAGAUCGCUCUCUCAUCCGUCUCGGCAUCUGCCAAACAGACCGCCAAGGAGAUUGGUGACUUCACCGGCAAGUACAGCAUCGGCAGGGUAGAGGAAGCAGUGAGUCAAGUCAAGGAAUUAACAUCUAAAAUUGAGAACGAUCCUGGCCGCAAAAUUACUGAGUCUUUGUCGACGGUUCAUACUCAAAUUGGCCACCUUGAUACAUCGCUACAGGAAAUAAAUAAAUCUGCGCAGGGGCUUAAUGUCAAUGCGACGAAAACAACCUUGGAUAGCAUAUCCUCAGACAUAAAAACAACCCUGGGGAAACUAAUGGAUGAAAUUUCAACGCUAGCCAAGGAUAAUAUUGCAUGGUACUUAGAUAAUUUAAAGAUGGGCAGCAUUGACACAGUGCUUGGUGAAAUUGGAGAUCAUAUCAACCGUGUUCAAACCAGCACAGUUGAACAAAUCAACAAAGUCCAAAACGGCAUUAGUCCCAUCAUCACCUCACUUGAAGGCCUUCCUGACAUGGUCGAGUACAAGAUGGCAGAUGUCGUGGAAAAGAUGAAAGCUCUCAGAGAACACGUUGAACUAAUAUACAGCCAUUUUCAACACAUAGAAUUCAUUGCUACGACAGCUAACGAUAAAAUCGAGAAAGCCAUUAAGGCCACUCAAACAACAUUGUCGGAUGCAUACGCAUCGGCGGAAACUCUCGUCGAAGCCCUCGAAAACAACCUUCUCGCCAUAUCAGCUGACGCAUUCCGAACCAUGACUAACGAAGUGAGAAAGCUUUUUGCCGACGGCCAUAUCGCCGACCUCCAGUCCCUUCGGAAAUUAGUGUCCACCCAGCUCAAGAUCAUCUCCUGCGCCAUCAACAAGGACCUCAACACCGGCGUAAAAGGCUUCCUUAAGACCCUGAGUGGGGAGUCAAUAGACCUCUAUGCCGCGGGUCACAUUGAACGUCGCCCGGCCAAGAAGGAACAGAAGACAAAUCUGCUCGACGAAGUGAAGGACGCUAUUGGCAGAGGUGAACAUGGAGACAAAGUAGCAAAUUUCACCAACAAAUUUAAAACCUAUUCAGAACACAUUUUCACAUAUUUGGACAAGGACCUCAAACAGAUUUUCGCCUCCCAGCCUCGGGUCAUCGGUGACUAUCCCAACCGUGUCUCCACCAUCCAACGCAACCUCACCGAUCUCCUCACCCACAUCAGCACUCACAAACACUUCGACCACCAGGUGCCCCAAAUGCUCGAAACACUCAAGACGUCCAUUUCCACCUUCAAGUCCACGCACUUCGGCAACGCAUCCUACCCCGUGCUCGACGCCUUUCCCCGAAGCCUGGAGCAGUUCGUCGGGGAGCUGGAGAGGAUGUACGUUAGCAGGUAUGAGGGUGGUUUCGAGAACGUUUUAUUGGUAUAUGCAAACACCGGAAAUGUUACAGAAGAAGGAAAAAAUUGCGCCAAAAUAUUUUUGACAAUAAUUGGGAUCUUGCUACAAUAUCUGCAGGAACUGUACGGCAAGUGCGAUCCAACUAAUAAAAAGGGUAUGUGGAGAGAGAAACACAUUAGUUUGUACGAUUUAGAUGCUACGAAUAAAAGGAAUGCCAACCCACUCGGUCACUGGUUCCAGCGUCGUGGUUACAUUGUGCCAGAGGAUGAGAAGACGCAGAACGGAGAGUUGCGCAAUGCGACAAAUCUGAAAGGUGCGGAAAUUAUAAAGUUGUGCCACAAUAUAAUCAGCAACGUAGAUCCUGCGACCAUAAAGCUUUUGGGAAUAUACGGUAACCAGCGUGAAAAUAACGUGAAGCUGAUAAACCUAUUGAUGUUCCUGAACAACAUGAAACUAUCAGACUUCUACAAAGUCUGUCACCUCAAUAUGCGCCCUAAUCCUAAACCUCCAACGACGAUAUAUGAAAUGAUGCAAUGGCUUCCCGGAUUGUGGUUUAAUCCCAUGUUUAGUAAAGUUACCGGCUAUUUCACAACUUUGCUUACCUCGUUGAAGGAGGAGUACAAAUUACAGGCAGAUGCGUUAGAUGUUGCCGUCACGUCCAACCUAAAAAGCGAAAUUAAAUCACAUCUUGAUGGUACACAAUUGUCCAAUACUUUGCGCAAUGUUUGUUUAUACUCGCACAAUACGUUAGUUGCCAUCCUCGGACACGGUCAUGCGGACGGUCGAUACGCUUGUGAAUUUUAUAUGAACGCAGAUAAUUUGAUGUAUCCCAGCAGUCCUAGCGCGUGCUUCGAUAUGCUUGCGGAUAUAGUUUGCAGAUUAUAUACUCAGCUAUGCUUCCUCUACAAACAGUGCUACAAUGGCCGUGGUAGGGGCGGUUGGGAAGAUUGUUGGUACGGCAAGGGAAUCGCCGGAUCAGCGUGGCACUGCAAUGACUACCAAUGCCCCAACCAAGAGUGUGAGCAAAAGGACAGGCAAACGGACGAUCAAAAUGCUGACCAAAGUGGUAACCAAAAGUGCAACCAACACUCCAAGUGCGGCAUAAAGUCACCGCUACAGUCUUUCUUGGAAGAUGGACUACAAGGCUUCCUGCCACACCGGCUUGAUAAGGUUGGUUGCGGCGUAAAAUGUUCGGUGUCUAAUCACCAUGGCAAGCCAUGUCUCACUCCUAUGGGCCUGGCUGACAUCGGAAUUACUGCUUCGCAUACGAAAACCGGCGCUCAUCUGAAAGAGGCUCUUCGCAAUUUCUGCGGUCCCAUAUCGCAUCUCACUAAACUGUGUAGUAUUAUCACAUGCCUCAUCCGCCGUCCGCCGCAGACGCUGGGCGACAUGUUUGCGUUCUACUACCAUUUCAUAAAUGGCUGGUACGAGACUGGAAAAGGCGAGCGUGAGAACCACCGAGAGAUUGCGUUUAACCUAGCCGUCAAAGCCGCUAAUUUCAAAAUUCCAGAAACGAAGUUAGAGAUUAAGUCCAUGUUUAGCAGCAGCAGUCACGCCACUCAUGCUCCCGGCAAACUUCCGAAACACAACGGUGAUCUGCUGAGUCUUGUAGCUUGUGAUUCUAAGACACUACCAGGCCUACCCUGCGGUCGGUACCUGCAACCAAUUAGCAACGACAUCAUGGUGGUAUAUUCUAAGUACCACGCAAGCCACUACCUGUCAUGGGUAGUAUACAUUACCGAAACAUUCUACGACUUACUCAAGAAAUUGUAUGACGAAUGCUGCCGAAACUGCAAUAGACCUGGCAAGCGUUGCUAUGACAAGAGCUGUGUCAAGGAUUGUCAAGUCAGGUUCAGCUAUGGAUAUAAGCAUACUAAUGAAGACAAUAAACUUGCGGGAUUUGAUACAAUUAAGCAUGAAUCGUUAUGUGGUUCUAUUGUUAAAUGCCGAGCUACCCAUGCGGCUAUAUACUCAUCAGGAUUUACUUUCGGCAGUCCGUUCGAAAUGAGUGGUGAUGAUGGCAGACGUAAAAAACGUACAUGUGAAGAUUUCUGCCAGGCACUGGGAUUCGUCGUGAGACCAGGUAACGCUUUAUAUAUGCUCGUUAACAAAACAAUUCCCGAUUUUCUUUGGCAAAUCAGGGAGAAAUUCUUCUGGACCACCGUCGCGCUCUGGUCGCUGUCCCUCUUCUACCUCAUCUGCGUCAUGGUUGGCAGACUGGAUGUGCUCCAUAUCCGCUCACACCUGAGGAUACCGUCGUCGCACAAGAUUACAGCGCAAUCAUUGUUGGCGGCAGCGCAAGUCGGAAGGCUUGCCAAGAUAUCGUAUCUACAACCGUGA